UGUCCAUUACAUACCUUCACUCUCUCUCUCUCUCAUCCUAAGCCACACAAACUAAGGGAAGAAGAAGAAGAAGAAGGGGAUUCCAGAAUGGAGUACUACACGGAUGGGAAGUGGAAACUGUCCAAGGAUGAACCAAACAGCCCUUCCACCUCCUCCUCCUCGUCGGCGGCAAUGACGAUGAUGAGGAGCAUGUCGCAGAGGGGCGCCGCCUCCUCCAAUCACCCUCCUCUUCCCAGGAGUUAUUCGCACAGGAACCCGGCGGCGUCCUCCUCCUCCUCCUCCAAGUCCGCUACUAACUUCGGCCGCAAGUGCAAGAACUUGGCCAAGGAACAGAAGGCCAAAUUCUACAUUGUCAAGCGCUGCAUUGCCAUGCUUGUCCGCCGGAAUAAACACCGCCACCACGACGACGACUCCUCUUGAAUCUAUGCCAUCACUACGUGACGCUCACUGUAUCGGUAGGACAGAUGUACGGUCCAGAUUGAGACUAUGUAAUUUCAAUCACAUAUAUAGAUUUAGUUUUUUUUUUUUUUUUUUUUUCCUUUUCUUACUACCCUUGUAAUGCUAUCAUGCUAGAUGAGACUAAUUCAGUUGAGUUUCAGUCGAAUUUCAAUUGAAGUAACUCUUCUAAAGGUAAUAUUAUAUUGCAUACACACG